AUGAUGUCCUUCCGCACGUUUCUGCCGCUAUCCCAGCAAAGCUUUGUCGAGAUGCCCCAGUUGCUCGGUCUCAAGCCAAAGCAGCAGCACCAGCAGCACCAGCAGCACCAGCAGCAGCAGUUGAAACCGGUCAACAAGUGUUCGCUUGACUUUAUCCUCUCGAAAGACGAGGCCGUGGCCAAACCAGCUCUCCUGCCUUCAUUUCCAUGGACGUCACCCCAGCGAUCGUCGUCCAACAAGACGUUCGCCCCGAUCCUGGCACCGCCCUCAGGUCCCUGCAAAUUCGCAAAGCGCAGACGUCUGCAGCACAUCAGCGUGUCCAACGGUAGCACGAAAGUCUCCGCGAAUGCUGGAAAGGCCCUUGCAAGUGGUACAGUGGUCAAAAAAGGCAGCAAGUACUGCAUGGUGGACGGCUGCAUGAGCCGGGCCAAGCACGCACGUCGUUGUUGGCGCCACGGUGGCUCGAUCAAGUGCAAGGUCCCGGAUUGUACCAACCGCGCAAAGACCAAAGGCGUUUGCUGGUCGCACGGUGGCGGAACGCUCUGUUCGUUCCGCGACUGCACGACGAUUUCGGUCUCCAAUGGGGUCUGCUGGGCCCAUGGCGGCGGCAAGCGCUGUGCAAUGGACGGAUGUGCACGUCCAGCCUACGAACGGACCGAUCAUUUGUGCACGCUACACUUUGAGGAAAAGCAGUACAGUGCACAGGUUCAAAGCAUCAGCACGCAGUGCCACCAACACCACUGCUAA